UCUGUGGGUCCAACAAAGCAGUGCUUGCACCGAUGGAUCAGCUGUUCUUAAUGGCAAUGGGGCUAUUGCCCGUGCUAGCCUUCAUGGUCCUUAUGUUCAUGCCCAAGCCCAAGAGCAAGAUCACCUGCGUUGGUGCCACGCAGCUCCCUCCGGGCAGUGCAUUCUCCUGGCCCCUUGUGGGCAACCUGCCGGAGAUGAUGCUCAACAAGCCAGCAUUCCGAUGGAUCCACUCGAUGAUGAAGGACAUGGACACCGACAUCGCCUGCAUCCGCCUCGGUAGCGUGCUCGUGGUCCCGAUCACCUGCCCGAAGAUCGCCCGUGAGGUACUCAAGAAGCAGGAUGCCAACUUCGCCUCCCGCCCGCUCACCUUCGCCUCGUCGACCUUUAGCGGCGGGUACAAGAACGCCGUGCUGUCCCCCAUGGGCGACCAGUGGAGGAAGAUGCGUCGCGUGCUCACCUCGGAAAUCAUCUGCCCCUCCCGGCACCAGUGGCUCCACGACCAGCGUGCCCAAGAGGCCGACAACCUCACAAGCUACGUCUGCAUGCUCGCCACCGCGCCGUCCUCGGCCGUCAAUGUGAGGCAUGUGGCGAGGCAUUACUGUGGUAAUGUCAUCCGGCGGCUCGUAUUUGGUGGGCCGAGAGCGGUUGGUGCAGGAGUCGGACAUCUGACGCCUCACCUACGUCAAGGCAUGCAUUCGUGAGGCAUUCCGGCUGCACCCCGUCGCACCCUUCAACGUGCCACACGUCGCGCUCGCUGACAGCAACAUCGCCGGCUACCGUGUCCCCAAGGGCAGCCAUGUCUUACUCAGUCGUAGGGGACUUGGCCGGAACCCGGCUAUCUGGGACGAGCCGCUACACUUCAAGCCAGAGCGUCAUAUUAAUACCGCAGCCCACAACGACGUCACCCUCACGGAGAAUGAGUUGCGGUUCAUCUCCUUCAGCACCGGCCGCCGUGGGUGUGUGGCGGCGUGGCUUGGCACAACCAUGUGUGUAAUGCUCUUCGGACGGCUACUGCAGGGAUUCACAUGGACCAAGCCAGCGGGUGUAGCAUCUAUCGAUCUCAG